AUGGUACCCUGGAUUAAGUUGAAAUAACACAUUCAUUAAAACUUUCACACUAUGGUUAAAGUAGUCACUCAUUCUAUUGCAAUGCAAUAUGAUGUUGAUAGUUAUGGCUCAAUCAAUCCGGUUUUAAAAAAUUCAUAUUAUGAUCAUCAUCAAUUCAAAUAAAAAUAAUAGCCAAAGUAAAUUAUAAUUAUUACAGAAUUUAAAAAGAAAUACAAAGAUAUUUAAGGUUAUGAAGUGAUAUUUGGAUAGAAUAAUCAAUUGCAUUCUAUUUUGAUGAAACAAAAUCUAGCUGUUAAAUUUAACAUCGAAUCCUUCUAUUACAAGACUCUGAAAUUCUAUUAAGUCAUUUUGCUAAGAAUGUCAACUUAUAUCAUGAACCUUCUUUCAUUUAAUGUCAGUGUUAAUCUAGAUUGA